ACUAAUCCCCGACAAUAAAUGUACACGAUGUAGUUGAAGUAGUACUUAUUACAGCGAAGAGGAAACAAUUGGAUAUUGGAUUAUUCAGUUUCAGAGAGAAAUGGUCGGAAUAGCCCAAGUUAACGUUUAUCUUCGAGUUUCUGCAGUUCUAUUCUAUGUCUUAACAGCUUGUUUAGUAGGCUUAGAUUCUCAAACCAAGAUUAUCUUCUUCGUUGCGAGGAAAGCUACUUACAGAGAUUUGGAGGCGUUCGGGAUUUUGGUGUAUGUGGAUUCUGCGGCUGUUGUUUAUAAUCUGCUUCAGCUAUGCAAAGGUUUAAUCUCAGCUAGGUUUGAAGGAAACUUGAAAGGGGCAUAUAUAUACAUAUCCUGGAUUGGUUUCCUGUUAGAUCAGUUAGCAGCUUACAUUACAUUUGCUGCAAACUCAGCUGCUUUUGAGGCCUCAGUUCUUGCAGUAACGGGUGCAGAAGAAUUUCAAUGGAUGAAGCUGUGCAAUAGGUUUACCAGAUUUUGCUUCCAAAUGGGUGGAGCAUUGCUCUGUGGCUAUGUGGCAUCUAUCCUAAUGGCACUGAUAUCAUUCAUCUCCGCCUAUAAUUUGUUUAGCAACUACUCAUCAAAACGAUUCCUGCGCUUAAAGAAAACAUAAUGAUCCAUUCUUAGGCCAACGUUUCCAUUAUAUUUGCCUAAUAGUGUGGAAUUUCAAAACAGGGCUUUUUGUUUUUUUUGUUAGUCAAUCAUGUCAUAUAAAUGCAUAGAAGCUAUUGUAUAAGCAGGUAAACGGUACGGUUUAGGCCUUCCUUUCAAAUAGUGGCCAUAUGGGAUUAAACUAGGGAAAAAAAAAGUUUGGGAUUAGUACUUUUGAGAAUGUAUAAAAUAAUUAAGAUUGUAAUGUUUGAAGGUGUUAUGAAAAAUUAAAAUCAAGUAA